CCAACUAAGCCAAAUCUCUCUUCCUACAUUUAUUCUUAACCAAGCAAAUGGGCUCUUCGUCUCCUUCACUUCAACAAUCUGCAUAACACAAUGUGGCUCUACUCACAACUAAAAUCCUCAUUUCCAACUCUCUCUCUCUCUUUUGUAAUUGUGUGGCAGUGGGCAGCUCCUAUUUAUUACCUUUUUGAAUGAGAGCUAAAAGAGAUGAUAAGAGUGGAAUUAUAAGUCACAAGAAAGUUAGUCACUACUUCUCCCUUUUUGCUUGUGACUUCGUAUUUUUUGUCCUUCUUCAUACUGCAAAGAGGAAGGCUGCAGGAGAAAAACAAAAAAAGACAAGGAUGCAUCAUCUACCAGUUAAGAGUAACCUCGUUGAUUCAGGUUCUGAGACAGCUAAGCUUUGUUUUGGAGGCAAUAACCAACCCCUUUGCCCGAAACCUCGCCGGGUCGGACCUACUGUACCUGAAUUUCUCAAGCCCCUUAGAUGUAGCAACCACAGCCAACCAACUUCUGAUGGAAGAAAUGGAAUUCUGAACCUGAUAUCUGAUAAGAGACCUGAUGGUUCAGAAUCCAUAUGCACUGGAUGCUCACCAUCUAAUUAUUCAGGAUCUCCUCCAGGCAGGACAGAUAAUCCAUUGAUUCAUGACGUGCAGUUUAUCCAUCAAAUGGAGCUUCUUUCGCCAUUUACACGAACCAAGCUUUCUGAUAAGUUUGGCUUCACCUCUGCCUCUCCUGCAUGAGCUUUAGUUUCGACCUUGAAAUGGGAUUUCUUGUACCAGAAGAAGUACCAUUUUUAUUUUUGCGGGCAAUGUUGUUGUAGUGUUGAUUAAUUUAGUUUAAUCAUGUUAUAUUUCUCUCCCUUUUCUCACAAUUAUGCAUUGUGGGUCUCUUUCUGUAAGUAUCAUAAGAUGGUCAGACUCAUUUAUCUUUGUACAUAAUGUCUGAUCAUAAGGCUAAAGCAAUUUGAGCAAAAAAAGAAUUUCUAUUA